AUGAUCAGGAGAAGCGGAGGGUACCUCGUCGCUGGCCUCUUGCUGCUUCAGAGCGCAAACUGCCACCCUUUCCCUCCGCCAAAAUCGCUGCUGAAGCUAGAUUUCGACUUGAACGAGCUUCCGAAGGAGAGUGGUGUGGAUGAUGUGCUUGGACUUUCGGCUCCUCAGUCGGGCACUUUCGGACCAGAACAUGCUCGCGCGCACCAUCGCAUAUUUCAAGACCAUCAGCAUCAAUUCCAGUCGGCCCCGAGUCCAGGUGAUGGCAUGGACACGGCUCCUUCCCUGCUUCAUUCGUACCCGGGACCGCCACCUACGGAGAAGGCGUCCUCAUCAAGCUCUCUGUACUCUUCGCUCAGGAAUCCGCACUGGAGUUUUACGCCACACGACAUGCAAGGAGCAAACGCGGGGAUUGUCCGACCUGGAGAGCAAGACACACAAAUGACUUCCUCGCCCACGAUCUCCACUCCCGGAUCUUCAACAAAUUUCCGCCCAGCCUUCCCCACCAACGAUGAUCAGAAUCAGAUCGCCGGGUCCCUUUCGCCCCAGCCUCUCCUUCCAGCCCCCUUCGUUCGGAUCAAGCAGUUCGAAGAUCGAAAGCGACUAAGAGCGCCUUCACGAUCCGACCUGGCUGAUUUGGUUGCCAAAAGCGAGGCUGCGAUCAGAUCUCAGAGCCUUCAGGAUCCCACUGUCUUCUUCGGUGCAACAUUCGAGCUUGCUAUCAGCCCCGAUGCUGAGACAGACCGCUUCGUCUCAAGCUUGCAUUUGGGGGAGUCGAGCGCUUCUCGCGUUGGCUGGACCCAGCAACCUGAGUCGAAAGCGCAAGUUUUCGCAGACGGUCAAGACCCUUUCGAAUACUUCCGUGGCCUCUUCCGGAAGCGUCAGGAAGCAUUGCAGGUGAUCUUUCCCAGUGGACAAGAUCCGAGGUGCCUGUACCUGAUUCUUCUGCACAACCAUCCUCUCAUCCAAGCAAAGAGCCUGGCCAGACUACUUGGCGUCUUUGAGAUCGGGUCGAACUCUGUGCCAAACAAGCUGACCUUGCACUUCCGUGGCUUUCAUGAGUCCUACGGCACCGAGUACCUUGCCUUGGAACAGCUGCCGCAGGCCACAGGUCGCAAAUAUUGGUUUCAGCAAGACCGUACAGCUCUCUACACCUCAAAGGCGGACAUGACGAUGAGGAUCGUCAAACUCGAUGGUACAGAUUCGGUUCAGGACCGACAGCAGCUCGCGCUCGAUAGCGACGAGAUGCAAUCAUAUCAUCCCGACGUACAAGAGCUGAUCAGGACCGGCGAGGUCGGUAGGGUCUUGGCCAUGGAUCAUUUGGCUCCUGGGGGGCAUCUAUACAUAUAUCAGGAGUCUUCCGAGAUGCCUGCUCGCAUCCAGAGAUGGAAAAGCACUGCAGGUCUUCCGCUGGGUUCAUUCUUGCGGAAAAAUCUGGGAAAGAAGGACAAAGAUGAGAUCGCUUUUGUCUUUUCGACAAAAUUUCGCCAGCGCGAGCCGGUCAAGGUCAUCACGGAAGCAAAUGGCGAGAUGUUCAUGCUGAGCAUGAAGAAAAAGAGCGGGUGGGUGAAGAAUAUUUACGACAACACAAUGACGGUCUGGCAGAUCGGGCCGGAGAUUCAAGGGAGGAGGUUGAUGAUUUGCAGGGGUGUCUACACUAUCAGAGCGCGAGCUUACAGCCAGUUGACCCCCCAAAGGUUACCGGGACUAAGGGACUCUUCGUUCUCCAACAAGAUGCAAGGGCUUCCUUGA